AUGGAUUUUAAAAUAAAGAGGAAAUCUACAAAAUCUGCUAUAGCAGGAGGGCUUUUGGAGACUUAUCCGCAUGAUCUUCAAAUGUAUAAACUCCCACCUGUCGGAGAUAUAAGCUUACAGGAGUUUGAAACUCUAGCUUUGGAACGACUAAUAUUGUUAAGAUGUUUAGCAACUGCAACAACAUUAAAGGGAUUGAGAUUAUAUUCAGAGGAAUGGUGCGAUUUUAUUUUGGGUGAUUUAAGAAGUCAAGGAAUAAAAUAUUAUGUCAAACUUUGCGAAAAGUCAGGUUGCAGCACCCAGGACGUAGAUUUACAAGCAAGGCGAAAGGAUCAUAUAGCUCACUUUAUUCUGAGGCUAGCUUAUUGCAGAACGGAAGAAUUGCGGAGAUGGUUUAUUUCUAGAGAAAUAGAGUUAUUUCGAAUGCGUUUUAUGACUAUGAAAGGUGAUUCUGUAGAUAAUUUUUUUACUAUUAAUAAUUUAUGCUACACUAAUAUAUCUGAAGAAGAAAAAGAUGAACUUAUUAUAAAUUUACGAGAGUCGACACACCAUCCAAAUAUUGAUAAGAUGAAAUUUUAUAAGGUAAAAUUUUUUGAAGUACUUGAUUUGGUUAAAACAAGGAAAGUAUACUUAAAGGGUGGGUAUGCAUAUAUUUCACAUAAAGAUUUUAUAUCCGUUUUGACAGCUCAAUAUAGAGUCCAUUUAAGACAGAGUCUUGCCAUUGCAUGUCACCAUCUUGGUGAGAUAGAACAAGAUGAAAGGUUAGUUUCUUUAUUAAAAGGAUUACAUCAAUCAUAUACUGGCAAUGACUACAGUGACUCAAAGGCUGUUAUUCCUAUAGAAAGUCUUGAUUCAUUGUCCAUAAAGUCUUUUCCACUCUGUAUGCGUCAACUACACGAGUUCCUUAGAUCAACACAUCAUCUUAAACAUGGAGGCAGAUUACAAUAUGGAUUAUUCUUAAAAGGAAUUGGUGUGACACUGGAAGAUUCUCUUAAAUUCUGGAGAGAAGAAUUUACAAAAGUUAUGGAUUUAGAUAAGUUUGAAAAACAAUAUUCUUACAAUGUAAGAUAUAACUAUGGUAAAGAAGGAAGUAAGAAGAAUUAUUCACCAUUUAAUUGUUUGAAAAUAAUAAACAAUAAUGUGGGCCCUGGAGAAUGCCAUGGGUGUCCCUUUAAACAUAGUGAUGCAAAUGUUUUAAAAAAUAAACUGAAAGGUUAUGGAUUUGAACAACAAGCUCUACAUGAUGUGGUUGAUUUAGCAAAACGAGGCCAUUACCAAAUAGCCUGCAGCAAAUAUUUUGAUGUGGUACAUAGUUCUAACAUUGGUCUAGGUAUUAAUCAUCCCAACCAAUAUUUCGAAGAGAGUCAGAAACUACUUAAAGGGGAUUUAAAAUUAGAGCCCAAAAAGGAUAUUAAACCAACUAUAAAGCAUGAGAAAAAUGACAUAGAAGAAAUGGAUUUUGAUGAAAACUUUUGA